UGAGGCUGUGGAAUCCAGUUUCUUACACCUGUUAUGCAGCUCAAAACUGAGUAUGUUCUAUCGUGAUUGCAUUUGUAAGUUGAUUUAUAUUUGCGUUUGGGUGUUGUGUCAUGGCUGUCAUUGCCAUGCAGGUUUACCAAAGCAUACUCUAGUUCGGUGUAAGAAAUGGGAUUUCAUUAACUCACGUGUUUCGGUAUUUGGAGCAGCAGCAACUUUUAAACGUUUGAAUAAUGGCGACAUUGAUUUGAUUUUGAGAGACUUGUUGCUAACGAUACUUGAUAGGCAAAUUAGCCCCAGCAUCUCCAACAUAAACCUCGCAUCACGUUCUCAAACUGCUGCGACUGGUCCAGUCAGCUCAGCGCUGAGAAAAUGAGCUGUUACCACGUGACAAGGUCUGUGCUACUUCAUAAAGUUAAACCUGAAUAAUGACACGGAUUGUUUUGAAUAAUUUGAGAGUUCAUAAUAGUCACUGGUUUGAUUAAUAAUCGCAGAAUAUAUACUAAAAAAUUAGCAUCAAGCUCCGCCCAUUUUGUACCCCUUUCGUUCUACUAUUCCAGUGAAUACUGUGACGUCGUGUUUCAGUUCUGAGCGUUGAGCGCAGAGAUGCGGCCUGCAGUCAAUGAGGCUCGGAUGUGUGUAUGAAUGGACGCUACAAUUACAUCUAAUAGCUCAAUGUUACAGCCUUUGCGAGAGCUAUAUUUUCGUCGGCACCGAUGUUUUCACUCGUAAUCUUGCUCUCAUUCCUGGCUGAUGCGGAUUUUUUUCAAUUCGACAGCAUUUCAAAUGUUUCUACCUAUUAUUUCAAUUACAUCUAUUGCAACAUUUGGGAAGGGGACUGUCAACCACACCAGGAUGAUGCGACCCAAGAAGUGCCUACUGGGGACAUUUGGUCAGGGUUUUCCCAGUACUACACUGGCAUGCUGACUGCAUGGUACUGCAGCCUGGGUCAGUGCUGUGAUUCAGGAGACUGUAGGAUUACAAAUAACAUCACAGGAUUGGAAAAAGAUCUACAGGUGAAGCUUCAUGGGCAGCACCUGGUCCAGUCUGUGGUUCUGAAAGCUAUUCAGGGAUUCAUCAAAAACCCUGAGUCCAACAAACCACUGACUCUGUCCUUUCACGGCUGGUCUGGGACAGGCAAGAACUUUGUGGCCCGGAUAGUAGCGGACAACCUCUACCGGGAUGGUAUAAAGAGUGAAUGUGUGCGUUUGUUCAUUGCCCCAUUCCACUUCCCUCACGCCAGAUUGGUGGACGUGUACAAGGGCCAGCUAAGAGAAGCCAUUCGAGACAUGGUUCUGCGAUGCCCACAGACUCUCUUUAUCUUUGAUGAGGCAGAAAAGCUUCAUCCGGGACUCAUUGAUGCCAUAAAGCCCUACAUGGACCACUAUGAUAAUGUGGAUGGGGUUAGCUAUAGAAGAGCCAUAUUUCUGUUCCUAAGCAAUAUCGGUGGUGGUGCCAUCAAUGAGCUGGCACUUGAUUUCUGGCACUCGGGACAGAAUAGGGAAGAUAUCGGCAUGGAAGACUUGGAACAUCUUCUGCGUGCUGAAGCCAUGGAAGCAGAAGGAGGUUUUGCGCAGAGUGAGCUGAUGUCAGGCCAUCUGAUUGACUUCUUUGUACCAUUCUUGCCGUUGGAGUACCGGCAUGUGAAACUGUGUGCACGUGACGCAUACGCAGCUCGUGGCCUUCAGCCGGAUGAGGGGACUCUGGAUGAAGUGGCUAAAGCCAUACUGUACAUUCCUAAGGAGGAGAAACUCUUCUCUGCACAGGGCUGCAAAUCCAUUCCUCAAAGGAUCAGUUUCUUUUUGCCAUAACGGAGAGCAACAUAAGAUCAUUGACAUUAAAGAAACACAGAGUAUACUUGAAUGAAGCAGAAAUGACUGCUGCUAUCUGAAAUGCAAAUUAUACAACGCUGACAAUGCAGAAAAAACUUCAUAUAUAAUAUUUCAACUCCAUAUAGGACAGGGAAGAGAGGGGUUUGCUCAUGGUAAACCCUACUGAAAUUAUAUUUUUAAGAACUUUUCAUCUGUAUAUAUCUUAUCUACUUCUCCCAAGCAAUGUUAUAGUUUACAUGCAUUGAUAUGAACUUAAGCUGAACCUAACCUCUGCAUUUACAGUAAUGCACUUACAGUGGAAGCCUCUUAGUCAAGCAAGCAAAACCACAUUUAAGUUUUUUUUUUUUACACAUUUACAGUUAAAUGGAAAUUGCUGUUUGCAACCUUUUUGUACUUCCAUACUAUGUAUUUCUGAGCAAAACAGGAUAUUCAAUAGAAAAAUUAAUUGAUUGGAUCUGCUAGGCUUUUCAUGGAAGUAUAUUAUUGUAAAAUGUGUUUUUUAAAAGACCAUUUUAAAGUUUUUCUGUGGUAAUCGGCCGUAUGCCACUAAGUUUUCUUUAACCUGGAAUAUUUAUUUUAGUUAGCUUUUUACAUUUUUGGCAUAUUUUAAUCUUUAUCUUCAUUAAAGAUCAUAUUUCAAGACUUAUGUAACAAUAAAAAAAGUUUAUUUCUUGUAUAUAUUUUUGUGUCGUAUAUUGAAAUUUCAACCUCCUCAAAACCAGUUAAAAUCAUAUGUGCUUUUUGUGUUUAUUGAUAUUUCCAUUUUGAACACAUUCUGAUAUGAAAAUGUUGAAGUGAUUCAGCUGUUGGGGAAGAUAUGCUACUGACAUGGUCAUUUUUAUGUAGGUAGAAAAAGAGCUAGAGGGUUAAGCUUGAAAUUUCUUAAAAUUCUAAAUUUUUGUAAGCGUUUUGUCUACAAAUAAUAUCAGACAAGUGAUGCCAAACAGGGUGGGAUUUUUCUCAACAGCUUUUUAAAAAUGAAGUUACUUUACUAAACAUUCACUUUUCUGCUUAGGGUUUGUGCAUGUUUAAGAUUUGAGGGAAGAUAAUCUGUGAAGAUUCUCCUAAUGUGUGUGCUGCAGCCAGAUUUCAUAAUCGGUUAGGAUUUUAAAAAUCCUGUAGUGUGAGCUUGGCUUUAGUGCAGUUUGUUAUCAGUUGAGCAAGCUUAAAUUCUGC